AUGGUGCGCGCGCAGCGUGCCCCCGCCGGCGCCGAGCGGCCGCCCCGAGUCCGGGGAGCGGAAGCCACGCCAAACCCCGCUCACAGUUUGCCCGGGGGCCCCGGGUUCUGGAAAAGUACUGGAGUGAGUUACGUAAACGGCGAGAUGGGUCUUAAGCGGACUCACUGGCUGUCUGCUCCAUCCCUAUCCUCACCUACAGGCAGGAAGAACUCCCGCACCAUGCUGCUCCCCCUCCUGCAGAAGUUUCCAGAGCAUGUACGCGUCUCCCUCUUCCACACUCCAAACCUCCGCGGGCUCCUCCGGCUCCUUACCCCCGAGCGCUUCAACGAGACCAUCGGCCUCCAGCACAUCAAGGUGUACCUCUUUGACAACAACGUCGUCCUGAGUGGCGCAAACCUGAGUGACUCCUACUUCACCAACCGCCAGGACCGGUACGUGUUCUUGCAGGACUGUGCAGAGAUUGCUGACUUCUUCACCGAGCUGGUGGAUGCUGUGGGGGAUGUGUCCCUGCAGCUGCAGGGGGAUGACACGGUGCAGGUGGUUGACGGGAUGGUGCAUCCUUACAAAGGUGACCGGGUUGCAUACUGCAAGGCAGCCAAUAAGCGGGUCAUGGAUGUGAUCCAUUCAGCCCGGACCCGUCAGCAGAUGCUGCAUGCUCAGACCUUCCAUGGUGACUCUCUGCUGACCCAGGAGGAGGCCGCAGCUGCCGGGGAUCGGAGGCCAGCGCCUGACACCUGGAUUUACCCAUUGAUCCAGAUGAAGCCCUUUGAGAUCCAGAUCGAUGAGAUCGUCACCGAGACCCUGUUGACUGAAGCCGAGCGAGGCUCCAGGGUCUUCCUCACCACCGGCUACUUCAAUCUGACCCAGGCCUACAUGGACCUGGUCUUGGGCACACGGGCUGAAUACCAGAUUCUGCUGGCCUCCCCAGAGGUGAAUGGCUUCUUUGGGGCCAAGGGCGUAGCUGGUGCCAUCCCAGCGGCCUACGUGCACAUUGAGCGGCAGUUCUACAGCGAGGUGUGCGGCCUGGGGCAGCAGGAGCGGGUCCAGCUGCAGGAGUACUGGCGCAGGGGCUGGACAUUUCAUGCCAAAGGCCUCUGGCUGUACCUGGCAGGGAGCAGCCUGCCCUGCCUCACGCUGAUUGGCUCUCCUAAUUUUGGGUACAGGUCAGUUCACCGGGACCUAGAGGCCCAGAUUGCUAUUGUGACCGAGAGCCGUGCCCUGCAGCAGCAGCUCCACCAGGAGCAAGAGCAGCUCUACCUGCGGUCAGCUGUGGUGUCCUCCGCUACCUUUGAGCAGCCGGGGCGGCAGGUGAAGCUGUGGGUGAAGAUGGUGACGCCACUGAUCAAGAACUUCUUCUGAGAUCAGACAGGAAUGGCCUUGAUGAAGAUGACGGGCAUGGUUGGCGUCAGCUCCUUCAGCCGCGACUCAGCGAUGACUCCGAUCUGGGUGUCCCAGCGAGCUCCUGAGGGGAAGCGGGGCUGAGGGUCAGGGAGGCCCUGGCCGGGGGAGCCCGUCAGUGUGGGGUGCUGACAGGGAAGGAGGGGGUGCCCGCAGGGCAAGGCCCGGCCCCCCCACUUUGCCGGAAGAUGGUGGUGUCCGGAGCUCAGGCCUGGGCCGGGGUGGACGCUGCUGGGCCUGGAGGUGUGAGCAGAGGCCUGGCAGGUGACCGCGUGCAUGUGCAGCUGCCCCCGACCCCGACCCCGCUGUGCCCUGAGCCCCAUGCACUGUGGCCUUGGCUUCCUUCUCUUUAAAUCGUGGUGUUUUUAGAGCCUCAUCUGCGCCUUCCUGAUUUCAGUGCCAGGAAGUCAGAACUCCUGCUGAAAACGAUAAAGUCUCCUGCCUCUAACUGUAUAAUGUCUGUCCCCUAUGUACAUAGAGUAUAAAUACCUAUGCCUAAUAUAAAUAUUAUUUGCCUCUGACCAGACUGCUAUCAUUUCUACUUGCCCUAUUGAGUGGUGUUUAUAUUUCCUGUCUGGAAUUCCAAAUAAACAGUGGAGAAUG